ACCGACUUACUAUAGUAUACGGAAUACGAACGUAUGAUGACCUACAAUAAAAAUCUUUAAUCUAUUACUUUAUUGUAGUAUUCGCGUACCUAAAUAAAAUCAUCGAAUCGUAGAGAUUAGUGUUACCAUUAUCAAUAGCCAAUACACGCAUUGUUUGGACUGUAUAUAUAAUUCGUCAGUAAAAAUAUUAAUGUAAUUUAAUCAUAAUCUUGUGAACUGUUGUGUGCAUAAUAAUAUUAAAACGUUAAUUAAUUAUUAGGUAUAAUUUGUAACCUAUCUAGUUGGUGUUUACCUAUAUAUACCUUCGUAUAUCAUACCUAUAAUAUCCGAUAUCGACGUGUCGAAUUCUGUAAGGUCAGGUAAGGUGUAUAAUAUAUACCUAGCCACCUAGGUAAAAUAGAGUUACUGGUUUACGUGUUGCGGGCUAUACAGUAUACACGUUUUCGCAGACAUGGAAAGGUGGAACGAUAGAGUGGCCAUCGUGACCGGCGCGAGUAGCGGCAUAGGAAAAGCAAUUGCUAUAGCUCUGUUGAAAAGCGGCAUGGUCGUCGUCGGUAUUGCCAGACGAGAAGAUCUAUUGAAGAAAUUAAGCGAAGAAGUAGAAAGUUUUCGUGGGAAGUUCUAUUACAAAAAAUUCGAUAUCAGAAAUGAGGAACACAUAACCGAAUGCAUUCAGUGGACCAUAACUACUUGUGGAAGUAUAGACGUGCUGAUUAACAAUGCUGGAGUUUAUGACGAAACUGAAUUUGUUGAUGAAUCGAUGGAUCAUGGGAAAAUGAUUAUGGAGACAAAUUAUUUGGCUGGAUGUAUUUUCACAAAAGAAGUGAUAAACGAGAUGAAGUUGAAGGGUAUUGAUGAUGGACACAUUAUCAAUAUAAAUAGCGUGGCAGGUCACUAUAGGGCUGAACCAAUAAAAGCACUUAUUCAUAAUGCCAGCAAACACUGUGUAACAUUAACAACCGACAGUAUUAGAAGAAUGUUGGUUAAUGAGGGGAGUAAAAUUAAAAUAACGAGUUUAAGCCCUGGAGUGACAAUUAAAGAGUCGUCGGAACAACAAUUGAAAUCACACCCUGAAAUAACAUACCUAGAAACUGAGGAUAUUGCUAAUGCCACGCUUUAUAUUUUAGGAACACCGCAAAAUGUUCAAGUAUGUGAAUUGACAAUCAGAUCCGUUGGAGAAAUCAUGUAUUAAUAUUCAUAUAAAUACAAACAAUUGUUUUAUUGCGACAAAAAAAAAACCUUGAUUACCAUA